AGAGAAUCUGCGGUUUGUUUCUGUGGGUUCAGAAACGAUUCUUCUUUCAUCGCAUAAUAAGUAUUAACACCUCACACUAUGUGGAUUGUAGUUGUAUAAAACAAGCUUCGGAACAGCACCAGACUCAGUCUGGCGUAGACUUUACUUGAAGAGGGUCAUUUGUAACAACUAGAGAUUGAGUUGAUUGUAAUCGAACUGUGACGAAAAUAUCCAAACAAUGCGUGCUUGCAUAAUAAUUGUGGUACUUGCAACCGUAAUCUCGAUGGCCUCCGCAUUAGGAUAUGGCCUGCUAGGCGGUGCGGGAGGCGGAUAUGGUGGAUAUGGCGGAUACGGAGGAUACGGGGGAUAUGGAGGUGGAGGGUAUGGUGGCUAUAAUGGCGGAUAUGGCGGAUACGGUGGGUAUGGCGGAUAUGGAAACUAUGGUGGAUAUGGAGGUUACAGCCCAUAUGGCGGCUAUGGUUAUGGAUAUCCAGGCAAAUAUGGAGGCGGAUACUACAAUGGAUACGGUGGAUAUGGAGGGUACGGAUAUAGGCCGUAUUAAAGGAUUUCCCAGUUUUAUCUUUAAAAGUGACAAUGUGAUAUGUUUUUUGUUAAUAAAUCAUGUUAUUCAUACUAAUAACAA